AUGCCUCUCUUUCAACUUCCAUGCUCCCUCUUUCUACUCCUCACCUUGUUGCUUUUAGUCCCAUCUUGUUUCUCCCUCACCUCACAAGGUCAAGCUCUUCUUUCAUGGAGGAAAAGCUUAAAAGGCCCGAAUUUGCAGGCUUUGGAUAACUGGGAUUCAACCAAUGAAACCCCCUGUGCCUGGUUUGGUAUCACUUGUGACGUUAACAAGAAUGUUGUUGAGUUGAGUUUGAGUUAUGUGGACUUACUUGGAACCAUUCCUUCUGAUUUUAGCUCCUUGUUGACCCUUAAAAAGCUUCUUCUAUCGGGAACGAAUCUCACUGGUUCCAUCCCCAAGGCAAUUGGGUCUCUUCGGGACCUCACUUACUUGGAUUUGAGUGACAAUGGGUUAACCGGCGAAAUCCCUAAAGAGCUCUGUGAUCUCCAGAAGCUUGUGGAGCUUUACAUCAACACAAACAAGCUCCAAGGUUCAAUUCCUGUAGAAAUUGGGAACCUUAAGAACCUCGUUGUGUUGACGUGCUAUGAUAAUCAACUGGGUGGUAGCAUUCCCACUACCAUCGGGGAACUCAAGAAUCUUCAGGUGAUAAGAGCUGGUGGAAACAAGAACAUUGAAGGUCCAUUGCCUGAUGAAAUCGGCAAUUGUACUGGUUUAGUGAUGUUGGGUGUUGCAGAAACGAGCUUAUCAGGUUUUCUCCCUCCAACAAUUGGUUAUCUAAAGAAACUUCAGACUCUUGCCAUUUACACCACCUUACUUUCCGGCCAAAUUCCGGCAGAGCUUGGCGACUGCACCGACCUCCAGAACAUCUACUUGUACGAGAACUCACUUUCGGGUUCAGUCCCCAGCACAUUGGGCAAUCUGAAAAACCUCAAGAAUCUGUUGCUGUGGCAGAACAAUUUGGUUGGAAUUAUUCCGCCGGAGCUCGGAAACUGCUUGCAACUUGUUCUGAUUGACAUUUCGAUGAAUACGUUGACUGGAGUCAUUCCGGUGACAUUUGGGAACCUGAGUUCGUUGCAGGAACUUCAGUUGAGCGUCAAUCAGAUCUCAGGUUCCAUACCGACUCAGCUUGGAAACUGCACCAGUCUCACUCACAUCGAACUCGACAACAAUCAAAUUACUGGUACCAUUCCUUCUGAAAUCGGAAACUUUGAAAACCUUACUCUGUUGUUCCUGUGGCAGAAUCAUCUUGAAGGUGCAAUACCUAGUUCCAUAUCAUCUUGUCAAAAUCUCGAAGCAAUUGAUUUCUCGCAGAAUUCAUUGACAGGGCCAAUCCCGAAAGGUCUGUUCAAUUUGCAGAAUCUGAACAAGUUAUUACUGUUAGCAAACGAUUUGUCUGGCCAAAUACCGCCGGAGAUCGGGAAUUGCUCGUCAUUAAUCCGAUUUCGAGCCAACGACAAUCACCUGAUUGGAUCCAUUCCACCACAAAUUGGCAAGUUGAAGAAUUUAAAUUUCCUUGAUCUCGGAUCGAAUAGGUUGACCGGAGUCAUACCACCGGAGAUAUCUGGUUGCCAGAACUUGACGUUUCUAGACUUGCAUUUCAAUUCAAUCUCCGGAAGCUUACCGGCGAGUAUAAACAAGAUUGUAUCACUCCAGCUCGUUGACGUCUCUGAAAAUCAAAUCGAAGGUACGUUGAGUCCUAGUAUCGGGUUGCUGAUUUCGUUGAACAAACUCGUCCUCCGUAGGAACCGGUUGUCUGGACCAAUACCAUCGGAAAUAGGUUCCUGCAUGAACCUUCAGUUACUCGAUCUGAGCAGCAACCAGUUGUCCGGUGAGAUUCCAGCGAAUUUAGGCAAACUUCCAGCGUUGGAGAUUGCUCUCAAUCUCAGCUGUAACAAACUCUCCGGCAAGAUACCAUCGGAGUUUGAUGCCUUAGAUAAGCUGGGAGUUCUAGAUCUCUCUUACAACCAACUUUCUGGCGACCUACAAAAUCUCGUCGACCUUGAAAAUCUCGUGGCUCUUAAUAUCUCUCACAACGAUUUCAAAGGUCACGUCCCGGACACCCCCUUCUUCUCCAAACUACCUCUAAGCGUCUUAUCCAACAACCCUUCCCUGUGUUUCGCCGGCAACGAGUGCACCGCCGAUAAAGGCAGCGCCUCCAGGCGCAGCAAGAGUGCCAAGGUGGCGAUGGUGGUGCUGAUCGGCGUCGCCAUUGUUCUCUUCCUCUCUGCUUUCUACAUCAUACUCGCCGGAAAGAUUCGUUCUCGGGGGCGUGAUUUAGAUGAUGCUGACGUGGAAAUGGGCCCACCAUGGGAAAUCACUUUAUACCAAAAACUCGACUUGUCAAUUGCUGAUAUGGCAAAAUACCUGACACCUGAUAAUGUGGUGGGGCGAGGUCGCUCGGGCGUGGUUUACCGUGCUAAUAUUCCCUCCGGGUUCCCAAUCGCCGUAAAAAGAUUCCAGUUAUCGGAGAAUUACUCGGCCGAUGCAUUCUCAUCGGAAAUUGCAACUCUUGCACGCAUCCGCCACCGGAAUAUUGUCCGUUUGCUGGGUUGGGCUGCCAACGGGAAAAACAAACUGUUGCUUUAUGACUUUUUGCCUAAUGGCACACUCGGCACCUUGUUACACGACGGCAGCGUCGAAGUGGUGGAGUGGGAAACCAGGUUUAAGAUAGCUUUGGGGGUGGCGGAGGGCUUAGCGUACUUACACCACGACUGUGUGCCGCCGAUCCUCCACCGUGAUGUAAAGGUGGAAAACAUAUUGUUGGGUGAUCGGAACGAUGCUUGUUUGGCAGACUUUGGGCUUGCAAGAUUGGUGGAAGACGACAACAACUCUUAUUCGGCAAAACCUCAAUUUGCCGGCUCCUAUGGUUAUAUGGCUCCAGAAUACGCUAGCAUGUUGAAAAUUACGGAAAAGAGUGAUGUUUUUAGCUAUGGAGUGGUGUUGUUAGAGAUCAUAACCGGGAAAAUGCCGGUGGACCAGUCGUUUUCCGAAGGACAACACGUCAUCCAAUGGGUUCGUGAUCAUCUCAAGAGCAAGAAAGAUCCGGUAGACAUUAUAGAUCGAAAGCUACAUGGAAACCCGGACUCACAAAUUCAAGAAAUGCUGCAAGCUCUUGGCAUAUCCCUCCUAUGUACCAGUAAUCGUCCUGAAGAUCGGCCAACGAUGAAAGAUGUGGUGGCGUUAUUACGAGAGAUCAGACACGAGCCCUCAACUACCAACGAAUCCCAUAAAGAGACCAACAAAUCCCGAAAUGAUUCAAGUGUUCCCGGGUUGUAUUCAUCGUCAUCAGUAACCCCAGCUCAACUACUCAUCAAGGGUUCAUCGAAUUGCUCCCUUGCAUACUCAUCGUGAUCUCGAUUCAUAUGAAAAAUCGAAACAAUAAGAUUUUAGGUUUAGUUGAUAUAUUAGCUUCGUAAAAAUGUUAAAAAGAAGUGUGUUUUUUCUUAUUAACUUUUUUUUAGAAAUUGGAAUAUAUACAAGAUGAGAAGGGAUUGAGGGCCAUUCCUCAAUUAAAUUC